GGUCCACAAUUUCACAUGAGAUUUUUUUCAUGUUGCAAUAUUGGAAAAAACCAUGGAUUCUGAGCCUUCCAACGAUAAUUUGGUAAUCGAAUCUCAAUCUCAAGAUUUAGUAGAGAAUAGCGAUAAUUCAGUGAGAUGCUCGUCAAAAGUCAACAGAAAAAAACAACAAAAAGUCAUAAACAUUACGAAGCCUAAAUCUUGUAAAAGAGGAAUCGUAUAUCUAAGCUAUAUUCCAGAAGGAAUUACUGUAAAAAAUAUCCGUCAAAUACUGUCCAAACAUGGCGAAAUUGAACGAAUCUAUCUGGAAAAAGAUUCAUCACUGAAAAAAUCACAAAAACGUACGAAAAAAAUUUAUCGUUAUACUGAAGGAUGGAUAGAAUUCAAAAAGAAAAGUGUUGCUAAAAUGGUUGCAAAUACAUUGAAUGGAAAACAGAUUGGUGGUAAACGUCAUACAAAAUUUCAUGAUGCAUUAUGGAAUAUGAAAUAUCUUAAACGAUUUAAAUGGAGCCAUUUAGCUGAACAAAUGGCUUAUGAAAAAGCUUUAAGGGAUCAAAAACUUCGUCUGGAAAUUGGCCGUGCUAAACGUGAAGCAACAUUCUAUGCUGAAAUGAUUGAACGUAGUCGACAUAAAAGAGCCAUUUAUAAUGAUAAUAAUCGAACAUAUAAACAACGAGUGACUGAUGAACAAAUACGACAACAAAAACCAAAUCCAAAUGAACUUGAUGAAGAAUUAUUAGAAAGUAUUUUCAAAUGAUCA